GGUCGCCCGAGAGCAGCCAGCUGAGCGGCGGGAGCCGAGUGCGGCCGCGGCGGAGGCGGCGCCCAGGGAGGGAGGGCGGCGGGGCCAAGCGCAGCGCAGCGCUCUGGGCAUCGGCAGCCUCCACCGCCAGGAUGCCCCGGCCCGAGGGCCGCUCCGCCGCCAGCCACCCCCGCGGCCCCUGGCGGCGGGCGCUCAGUGCCGGGGCGCGGGAACCGCAGCCGGAGCCAGAGGCGGGAGCAGCGAGCCGGAGCCACGGGCGCCUCAAUGCCGGCUGCUCGUGGUCCCUGGAGUCACCGGGCCCCCACGUGUGAGGGCAGCAGCGUUACAGAGAGGCCUGGCUCUGAGGAGGAUGCCCCGGCCGCUCGCCAGCUCCAGUCUGCACCAUGAGUGAUGAGCGGAGGCUGCCCAGCAGUGCGGUAGGUUGGCUAGCAUGCGGAGGUCUGUCGCUGCUAGCCAACGCCUGGGGCAUCCUCAGUGUGGGUGCCAAGCAGAAGAAGUGGAAGCCGCUGGAGUUCUUGCUUUGCACGCUGGCAGCCACCCACAUGCUCAAUGUGGCGGUACCCAUCGCCACAUAUGCUGUGGUGCAGCUGCGGAGGCAACGUCCCGACUACGAGUGGAACGAGGGCCUCUGUAAGGUCUUCGUGUCGACAUUCUACACCCUCACACUGGCCACCUGCUUCUCUGUCACCUCCAUCUCCUACCACCGCAUGUGGAUGGUCCGAUGGCCAGUCAACUACCGGCUGAGCAACGCCAAGAAGCAGGCGGUGCACACAGUUAUGGGCAUCUGGAUGGUGUCCUUCAUCCUGUCGGCCCUUCCUGCCGUUGGCUGGCACGACACGAGCGAGCGUUUCUACACCCACGGCUGCCGCUUCAUCGUGGCCGAGAUUGGCCUGGGCUUCGGCGUCUGCUUCUUGCUGCUGGUGGGAGGCAGCGUGGCCAUGGGCAUGGUCUGCACAGCCAUUGCCCUCUUCCAGACACUGGCCACGCAGGUGGGGCACCGGGCUGACCGCCGCACCUUCACCGUGCCCACCAUCGUGGUGGAAGACGCACAGGGCAAGCGUCGCUCCUCCAUUGAUGGCUCAGAGCCUGCCAGAACUUCGCUACAGAUCACGGGCCUUGUGGCCACCAUUGUGGUCAUCUAUGACUGCCUCAUGGGUUUCCCUGUGCUGGUGGUGAGCUUCAGUAGUCUGCGGGCAGAUGCUUCAGCACCCUGGAUGGCGCUCUGUGUCCUGUGGUGCUCCGUGACCCAGGCCCUGCUGCUGCCUCUGUUCCUCUGGACUUGUGAUCGUUACCGGGCGGAUCUCAAGGCAGUCUGGGAGAAGUGUGUGGCCCUUAUGGCCAACGACGAAGAUUCUGACAAUGAGACCAGUCUAGAGGGCAGCAUCUCCCCCGACAUGGUAUUGGAGCGCUCUCUUGACUAUAGCUAUGGAGGUGACUUCGUGGCUCUGGACAGGAUGGCCAAGUAUGAACUCUCUGCCCUGGAAGGAGGCUUACCACAGCUCUACCCUCUGCGGCCACUGCAGGAGGAUCGGAUGCAGUAUCUGCAGGUCCCGCCCACCCGGCGGUUCUCCCACGAUGAUGCCGACGUGUGGGCAGCCGUCCCGCUGCCCACCUUCCUGCCACGCUGGAGCUCGGGCGAGGACUUGGCAGCUCUGGCACACUUAAUGCUGCCCGCGGGCUCCGACCGGCGGCGCGGGAGCCUGCUGGCCUUCGCCGAGGAUGCGCCCCCGUUCCGCCCGCGCCGUCGCUCUGCCGAGAGCCUGUUGUCCCUGCAGCCCUCGUCCCUAGACGGCGGCCCGCGUCACGCGCAGGACUCGCCUCCCGGCAGCCCGCGUCGCCGCCCCGGGCCUGGCGCCCGCUCCGCCUCGGUCUCGCUACUGCCCGACGCCUUCGCGCUGACCGCCUUCGAGCGCGAGCCGCAGGCUCUGCGUCGCGUGCCCGCCCCAGCACAACCCUUCCCCGCUGCCCGGGACAGCGCGGAGCCUGCUGAGGUCCCAACGCCCCCUGGUGGCCGUACGCAACGCAGCCAGGGACGCCGGGCCGCGCGCACGCACGUGGGGCCCCUGCAGAGCAGCCUGAGCGCAUCUUGGGGCGAGCCAGGCGGCUUGCACGCGGCGGGCUGCGGCAGCAUUAGCAGCUUUCUGAGCUCGCCCUCCGAGUCCUCGGGCUACGUCACGCUGCACUCGGACUCGCUGGGCUCUGCGUCCUAGGGCUCCCAGAGACGCCAUGCAGAGCGUGGCGCCAUGAAGAGGCACAGCGCCAAAGAUGCUCCCACAGGUGUUGGGCGACAAUAAGCGCCACCUAAGCUAGGGGUGAAUGGAUGGUGGACUCUGCGCUUCUCUUACAGUUCUUUCCUUCUGGUGUCGCCUGGAGGGACGACUGGCCACCUUGGAUGGCUGCCCAGGACAUGGACCUGCUCCUGGGCAAGGCAUCUCCCAGGAAGGGGCAGGCUGUGCCUGUGUAGCGAGUGGCAUCUGCACUUUUUGUACAGCUCUGAGGCUAGACCAGGGCGUAGGGAACCCUGAGACCCGACCACCAUGAGAAAGUACGUUCCUAGAGAAGCUUAAGCCGGAAGUCACGACUGCAUCCAACUUCCUGCACUGCCGCUGCCUCACCUCAAGGUGUAGCAUGUAGAACGACCCCAAGCACAAGGGUCUUCAGAGCCCAAACAAGUUCUAUUGAGCAGGCGUCCCAUGUGGCCUGCCUCAGUUUCCCUAUCUCUAAGAGUGAAUGACCAUGAUACAUCUCUCAGGGCUGUUUGAAGAACUCUCCCGGUCUGUGUGCCCUCGCACUUGAAUGGACCAGGUGUGAGAGGUAGUGAGGGCCCUUUGUUAGGGUCAGCCUUCAGCACGUGGGCCCCAAUUGAGGCCCCUCAGUCUUAAUGACCUUUGCCCUCUUGGAGACUUGCCCCACUUUAGCUAAAGCACAACACCAUGGGUAUAUAACAGCCACCUGGACCCCUGUUAGUGUCCCCAUGCUCAAAAUUCCACCAUAUUGCCUGUCUCCCACUAUGUCGGCCGCUUCCGUGGUCCUGCUGUGAAGGCUGCUGGUGCCUAUCGCAGAGAACCAAAGCUCGUGGAAGUGGACUUUCGUGUCUCAGUGCCCAUCUCCAGUUUUGCCUCCCACAGGCAAAGUCCUUGGAAAGGGUGUCCUGUACCCCACUUCCCCUGCAAGAAGGGCUUUGCUCUCUCCUGGGUCUGGGCUGUGCCAGGGACAUGGGUAUUCCCAGGAGAGUCUGGGAGCUGGGAGCAGAGGGGGAGAGCUGUCACCAGACAGCGGACCCUCUGUGUUGGGACCUGGAGAUAGUCUUAAGGCCAGCACAGAACCAGCCUGUGUCUCCUUGUUCUUGAGACGUGGUGGACAGGCCUGUCUCCUCUCCCUCUGCAGACAGAUUUCCAACCACAGCUGGGGAUGAGGGAGGAGGGCUGGCCUACCCUAGGCCUCAGAGGUCUCUGUUAUCCCUGGUUAAGUAAAAGAUCAGCCACCACAGAAGAGUAGAGCAGGGGACUGUGGUCCAUGAUUGGAUUUGGGAGAAGCUGCCUCUGGCCAUUUGCUGCUGUGCCUUCAGGGACUGACAUGUCAUACAGGGGCAGAGGCCACCAGCUAGCCACUGUCUCUCUCACAGGUCUCAAAUGACCAAUUUACCACUUGGGUUUCACUCUGUAUUUUGUAUUCAAUGGCAAUACUUGUAGUGGGGACAUAGUCCCCCUCAGUCACUCCUGAUUUUUACAAAACUUUAAGGGCAAACCCUGAACUGAGGGCCGUAGGCACCUAGGGCUCUUUCCCACACUAAGUCCAGCCUCCCUGUUUGCUGACAGCUCUAGCUAUCUCUAUACCACCACCCAGCCCAGAGGCAGGGAUUCGUUUGUAUUUUUUUUUUUUUUGGAAAAAACAAAACAAAACAAAACAGCGUUUCUUUUCUGUACAGGACCCAAUAAAAAAUUCCUCAUGGUUUGCA